CUCUCAAAUUUCCUUCGUUCAUUUUGGCAGCGGCAAGUGGAUACAGCAGAGAAGGAGACACCAGCUUACAGGAAUCCUCCACUCCCUCUCACUCGCAUUAAGAAAGUCACGAAGAGUGAUCCAGAUGUGAACUUGAAGGUGUGUCGCAGCCUGUCGCUCCAUCAUAAAACGAUGUCAAGUGUUCGCUAA